AUGGAUAACAAGCGACGCCAUGUAUGUAAACCUUUAGGGAAACAAGAUUCCGCCGAUAAUAGUGAUGUGCGGUUAGUUUCAAAAGCAGUUGCUAUUGGUAUUUGGGAAAAAGGUCAACCAGAUCAUAACUGGGCUUUGUAUGAUCGACCGAUAUGUGGCAAGUGUAGAAAAUUUUAUGAAAAUAAAUAUCUAACGCACGAAAUGCGUAGCAAAGCUGAUACAGUUUUUGGUAAGUGA